GGAAGCUCUAAACCUAAACCUAUGUUUUGUGGCCUUUUAAUAUAUAUUGCACAAUGGGCAAUUAGGGUUUCUGCAUUUCCGGGAGUAAACCAAGCGCUGCGAGCUCGCAAGUCGCAACAGUAACAAAUGGUUCUCAAGACAGAGCUUUGCCGAUUUAGUGGUGCCAAGAUAUACCCAGGGAAGGGUAUCAGAUUUAUUCGCUCCGACUCUCAGGUCUUCCUCUUUGCCAAUUCAAAAUGUAAGAGGUAUUUUCACAACCGUCUGAGGCCUGCAAAGCUUACGUGGACUGCUGUGUACCGGAAACAACAUAAGAAGGACAUUGCUGCUGAAACUGUGAAGAAGAGGCGCCGAACCACUAAGAAGCCCUACUCUAGAUCAAUUGUUGGUGCAACCUUGGAAGUCAUUCAAAAGAAAAGAACUGAAAAGCCAGAAGUUCGUGAUGCUGCACGUGAAGCUGCUUUACGUGAGAUCAAGGAGAGAAUAAAGAAGACCAAGGACGAGAAGAAGGCAAAAAAGGCAGAGUUGAUGUCCAAGUCACAGAAGGUCUCCAAGAGCAAUGUGCCCAAAGGUGCUAUACCCAAGGGUCCUAAGCUUGGAGGUGGCGGCGGCAAGCGUUAAUUUCCCUAGUAUUUUAGAUGCUGUUGCAACUUUAUUAUGAAUGAUAUUGGAAGACUGAUGACGUUCUUUUCCAAUAUUUUUUGUAAGUUUAUUGGGUUUGGUCUUUUUUUUUUUUGGAGCAUUAUCCUGUAGACUUGUUUCAACAUGGAUUUUUUUGGAGAGAGAGCAUAUUUUUUUUAGAUCUACCUACUAAUGAUCUGUAGAAACCUUAAAAAUGAUUCAUUUGGUUAAGACUUUAGAUUUAUUGUCC